GAAAGAAUAUCUCUGGUAUCAAUAUUGAUUUUGACCAAGUCGUUAUGCUAUUAUUAAACUCUGGUUUCUCGUGUGUAUAUAAACCUAGCUCUGUUUCUGCAGAAAUUACAUUUGUUUUUGUCCCUUGUAACCGAAACAGGAUCCAAAGGUAAUUUAUACUAACAUCUGAUGGUUCUUGAUCUAAUAGAUCUUAACAAAAGGUCAAUGCGUUUUGAAUCAUAUUUGUGAUUUGAUGUGAUUACACAGAUGAGUGAAGAAACGUAUGAAGAAACGAUGGAAACAAGUCAAUCUCCUCGUCCUGCUCCAAAACUGAACGAGAGGAUCCUCUCAACUCUAUCCAGGAGAUCUGUAGCUGCGCAUCCAUGGCACGACCUUGAGAUCGGUCCUGAAGCUCCAUUAGUCUUCAAUGUGGUGGUUGAGAUCACAAAGGGAAGCAAAGUGAAAUAUGAACUUGACAAAAAGACCGGUCUUAUCAAGGUUGACCGGAUCUUGUACUCAUCUGUUGUGUAUCCUCACAACUACGGAUUCAUACCCAGGACAUUGUGUGAAGACAAUGAUCCUCUUGAUGUUCUUGUCCUCAUGCAGGAACCAGUGCUUCCAGGAUGUUUUCUCCGUGCUAGAGCCAUUGGAUUAAUGCCCAUGAUUGAUCAGGGAGAGAUGGACGACAAAAUCAUAGCCGUGUGUGCAGACGAUCCAGAGUACAAACAUUUCACCGACAUCAAACAACUCGCUCCUCACCGCCUCUCAGAAAUCCGCCGUUUCUUCGAAGACUACAAGAAGAACGAGCACAAGGAGGUGGCUGUAAACGAUUUCUUGCCAUCGGAGAAGGCACAUGAAGCAAUCCAGUACUCCAUGGAUCUAUACGCUGAGUAUAUUCUCCAUACGUUGAGGAGAUGAACCAGCAACAACAGGUUAUCUUCACAUACACGGAAAGAAGUUCAUGCUUCGCAGCAUCCCCCCAAUGAAAUAUUUUCACGGAAUUUAUUAUUUUGAAUAUUCAUUUUCCGACAUUAUUUUGAAUAUUCAUAGUUACAUAUAUAUGUUCAAAUUUUCCAGUUUUGUCUUGUUAAUUUUUUUUUUCGUUUCUUUUUCUUGUGAUGUUGCAAUUUUGUUGAUUUGUGUAAUUUGAAACUGAUACAAACUGUCUUUUUCUUCUUUCGCUUUCUGUUUACCCACUGAUUAUUACUCAAAUGUUGUUAGGUAACUUAUUCACUAAGAACAUUAAUAGGAUUUUUAGGGUAGAGUUCUUAGUGUAA